CGCUUCUCUCUUUCUCGUCCACGAACUCAAGUAUCGCUCCUCUUUUAUAGCUAAAGAAGAAUUAUUCACUAUUUUCUUCCAUACAAUCUCUCCAUUUUUAGGAUUCUUCUAUUCAUCCAUUAGUCUCUGUUGAAUCAGAACCUCAACACAAAGGUCUGAAUUUUGAAAGCUAAUCAAAACAAUACAAUUGACCUGAAUAUCAAGAUGAUGGAAAUAGCUUAUCAGCCUCGGAUUGAUUCCGAGAUAGAAUCACUCGUCGAGAGAAUCAACCCUCCCAGUGUUUGUGUAGACAACGACUCAGACCCUGAUUGUACACUUGUUAAGGUAGAUAGCGCGAAUAAGUACGGGAUAUUACUGGACAUGGUCCAGGUUUUGGCUGAUCUCGAUCUCGUUAUCUCCAAAUCUUACAUCUCAUCUGAUGGUGACUGGUUCAUGGAUGUGUUUCACGUGACGGACCAACUUGGGAAUAAGCUCACAGACCGAAGCCUGAUUCUCUACAUUCAGCAGGCAAUAUGUUAUAGUCGAAAGGGAGGUAUCACAAAAGAGAUGCAGAGUAAUCUAAAACGUGAAGUACAGCAGCGCCACGUGUCAACAGAACACACUGCGUUUGAGAUAACUGGAAUCGACAGACCGGGUUUACUGUCCGAGAUUGCCGCCGUACUUUCCGACAUUGGAUGUCAUGUGACUGCAGCUGUUGCAUGGACCCACCACGAGCGAGCGGCGAUGGUUAUUUAUCUAGAAGACGGGUUUAACGGAGGGCCCAUUAUCGACCCAAUAAGAAAGGCCCAGGUGAAGGAUCAUCUGGAUAUAGUCAUGGAGGCCCAUCAAAGAGUAGGCGAUGAGUCUCGUGUCGUCGUGAGUGUGGUCGAGGCUAAAGGAGCUCCGGUCGGAUGGGCCCACACUGAGCGACGGCUUCACGAGCUGAUGUACGCUGAGGGAGACUACGAGCAUUGCUUUGGCUGUGACUGUUGCAGUGGAGACAGGUGUGAUGCGUUGCGGAGAGGAAGAUGCGAGAGGAUACACGUGGCGAUCGAAGCAUGCAAUGGUUAUUCAAUGGUGAGCGUUAAGUGUAGAGACAGACCAAAACUAUUGUUCGACACGGUAUGCGCGUUAAAGGAGUUACAGUUCGUUGUGUUUCACGCCGUCGCCGGAGCUAGAGGCUCAACGGCGGAGCAAGAGUAUUUCAUAAGGAAGAAGAACGGGUGCACGUUAGAGACGGAAGGGCAAAGAGAGAGGCUAAGGCAUUGUUUGGUAGCUGCGAUAUCGAGACGCGCUUCGCGCGGUUUCAAAUUUGAGGUUCGGACAAAGAACAAGAUGGGGUUGUUGUCGGAUGUGACGAGAGCUGUGAGAGAAAACGGGUUGUCGAUAACGAGGGCGGAGAUGAGUACUCAAGGUGAGAAUGCGGUUGGGUCGUUUUAUGUUGCGGGUGUGAACGGUGGUGAGAAGGAUGCGAAUGCGGUUGAAGCGGUUGUAAGAGAAUUGGGUGGAGUGGUUGUGUCGGCGGUUAAGAUGGUUGGGAUGGUGUCGUCGAGGUUGGGUUCGUCGAGUGAUGUGGAGGAGCAAAACAGAGCUAGGUCGUCGAUUGGGAGAAUGUUUUGGUCGAAGUUGGAGAGGUUGUCGACGUCGAUCAGAUCCUUGUGAAGUGUCUAGUUGAAUUUCUCUUUCUUUGUUGGCGGGUCGUUGUGGUGAUUAUCAUUGUAAAUAUAGCUGAACUAUGAACUAGGAAUGUGUUUUCCUGAAUGAAAUGUAAUUAAAAAGGGAUGAUUGGCUUUAGAUUUGACAUACAUAUCACAUAAUGAAGUGGAUUUUAUUCAACGAAAACUGUAACAAUUGGCUCG